AUGAGACAGAUUUACAUUUCUAAGGCAAAUGGUUUUAUUCUUGUGUAUUCAAUCGAUGAUGCCUAUUCCUUUAGGGAAGUUGUAAGAAUAUGGGAACAGAUUAAAUGCGUUCGCAAAAACGUCUUAAGUAUUCCAUGUGUUGUUGUAGGAAACAAAAUUGACAAUGACAAUAAGAGGCAAAUAGAAACAUUUAAUGCACUCGAGUGGGCCUUUAAUCAAAAUCUUGGAGGAUGUUUUCUUGAAGUGUCGACUAAAGAGGGUGGGAACGUCAAGGAUAUUUUCGACAUUCUGCUGGAACAGUUCGGAAAUACAAGGGCUCUCCAAACUGGUCGAUUCACUAUUCGAUCUACAAGCUUAUCAAGAAAAUCAGUAGAAGAUGACGGUUUCAGACUAAAACUUAGAAAGAAAAGGUUCGACAAAAUGGUUGCAUACGAUAAAGUGGUUUCUUCUACUAAAAUUUUUCAACAGGUUGCGUUCGUCGGUUAUAAGAAAAAUACCAUUUAUCGUUUGAAACCAGAACCAAAACUGCGUUCGAACAAUCCAUUGGCAAGGAAAAAAAGUUUUGGUAAAAAUGAUGACAAGCCCUUUACUGUUAGAAGCACAAGUGUACCAACGGGCAAUGAAAAGUUUACCGCGACAGGACAACUUGCAAGAAAAAGCUUGGAGGAUAUAUAUUCUUAUAAAACCACUAGAUAUGAACAAGGCACUACUGAAAACGAGUCUAAGACCAAAAUAAAUGGUAAUAGAGGACUGUUUGCAAAGGUACGAAAAUACUUCCGUAGAUCUAGUACUUAACUGUACCGAUUAAUGACAAUGAGUUAACACAUUCUCAAACAAUGAAUCUCAAAUUAUACAUUGAUAUGGAAUAAAACAAAUGUAAGUCUAAAGUGUCCAUUUUCAUGAAAUCAAGAUACAAACUGUUGGAAGAAAAAAAGAUUAAAUUCUGUUCAAACUGUUUUAG